AUGCGGUAUUCAUCGCUUCGAGAUGCAUUCUUUAUCCUCCUCUCGCUGGAGCCUCUCAGGGUAGCUUCGGCAUCGAUCCCUAAGCUAGAUGGCCGAGGCGACACGAGCCACCAAUCACCAGAUGUUGGCCUUUUAGCUCCUCAAGACACAGACUUGCAACCCCGGUCAGCAGCUGACUGGGUGAGGCGCCUUGAGUGGGCCGUGCUGUUCGGUUUCAUCCCCGGCAUGACCUGGAGUCUUUACAGUGCGGCGACCGCGUGUGAGGAAGCCAACGAGGCCCAGUCCGGCGCCAAGAAGGUCAAACCGACCGUCAACUGUGUCGGCAGCGUGCUUGCACAUAUUGGCACAUCCGCGUUGGCUCUGGGUGGCGGCGUCAUUGCAGUCGCCCAUCUGUCCCAGGAUUUCCGUCUACCCGGCCCUCUUCAAGGCCUUUCUCAAUAUUUACCCCACAAGGCAAAGAGAGAGGCGCUCGCCGGCCUGUCUGAAGCGCUUGGUGUCGAGGUCAGGCAUCUCGGCCACUGGACCGAUACGGUCACCGGGCUGGAGCGUAGGGAUGAGACGCCGGUUGUCCGCCCUGUCUUUGGCGCCAAAGUACGCGGGGUCAACAUACACUUCAGCGUCCUGGAUGACCGCGAAGAGGACGGCAAUGUCACGACCCGGGGCCUUCGUAUCGGGUUCGGCCACGGCGGCAGUGGAGGGCUGCUAGGUGCUCGAGACGUGUCGUACUUUAAGGAGGGCGGCAUCGACUACGAGGCGCAGAGGAUCGGCCCGCACAAGGACAUCAAGCCGGAUGCUGACCUGUUCCAGUCCAACUACGAUCAGCUCGACUGCUACUUGCACAACAAGUUCUCCGGCGACCCCAUGAACGCCAACGCAGUUUGGGUACAGAUCUACGACCGCGAGGCCGGGGGUACAGCUCUCGCAGUGAAGUAUGCCGUCUUCGGACCAAAUGGUCAAAGCGGCAUCAAACAGAUGCCUUGGAAGGGUAGUCUGGACGUUGACUAUCAGUGCUUGAGGCCGCUGAAUGCUGGUGGAUUGGAUUUACCACCUGGUGUCAUUGGUUAA